AUGUUCAAUGCGCUGAACCGCUUCAUGUCCCGCUUGGACGGGCAGCAACCUACCCAACAGAACAACCGCGAGGGGUCUUUUGGAUUCCAGGUCCUGAGAAAUACGAACCUCGAGCUCCACGUUGAUCCCUGGUUUGACUUCAUUAUCGGAAUAAACGGCCGGCCUAUUGACAACCCUGACCCAAGACUCUUCGCCCAAGAAGUCCGCAACUGUGCAGGCGGUACCGUUCUUCUUGGCCUAUGGAGCGCUAAAGGUCAGCGUACCCGCGAACUACAUGCUCCUGUGCCUCACGACACCGCCUCCCUCGGCCUCUCCCUGCAAUGGACACCCCUCGCAGUAGCCGCUAAUAUCUGGCAUGUUCUUGAUGUUGCCUCCAACUCCCCUGCUGAUACUGCGGGGCUUCUUCCCUACGGUGAUUAUAUCCUAGGCAGCCCCGAGGGCGCGCUGCAUGGCGAGGGCGGACUCAGUGAGCUAGUGGAAGAUCACAUCGGCCGUCCCCUGCGGCUGUAUGUCUACAACAACGAGUACGAUGUCACACGCGAAGUGACGAUUCAACCAACCCGUGAAUGGGGUGGGGAGGGCGCUCUAGGGUGCGUGUUGGGAUACGGAGCUCUGCAUCGACUGCCCCCACCGCUUAAUGAGCCUGUCUCUGCACCAGGCGAGAUGAUGUUUGAUGGGGAGAAGGACUCGGGGGCGGUGUAUGGAGUUGCGCCUGGUGCGGAGGCGUCGCAGGAUCUCUUUGUGCCGGCAGCUGCUCCUGGUCUUGGAGCUGGAGGGCCUCCUCCUUCAGGAGGGGAGUUUCUGGUGCCGGCGCAGAUGGUGGAAGCUGGCGGAGCGGCGCCACCACCACCUGCUGGCACAGCAACGACAAGGAAAAAGAAGGAGAGGCAUCACGGCGGAAACCAACUCAUGGAUGACUACUUCAAGGAGCAGGAGAAGAAGAGCAGAGAAUUGGACAACGCGCCUAGCGGAAGAGGGACACCAGUUGCGCCGCCUCCAAAGACAGGAGGUCCACCGCCCCCGCCUAGGGCGGGCACUACAUCGCCACCUAAGGAGAAAGAAGAGGGGGGUGGUGAGUGA